GGCGGCAGCGCCUGGCCCCUGGCCGGCACCGUCCUGGUGGCCGUGGCCACCUCGCUGGCGGCGGGCGGCGAGGACUGCCUGUGGUACGUGGACAGGAACGGCUCGUGGCACCCGGGCUUCGACUGCGACUUCUUCACCUUCUGCUGCGGCAACUGCCACCAGCGCUACUGCUGCCGCGACCCGCUGCGCCUGCUCACCGAGCGCCAGCAGCGCCACUGCCUCGCCUUCAGCCCCAAGACCGUCGCGGGCAUCGCCGCGGCCGUGGUGCUCUUCCUCGCCAUCGUCACCACCAUYGUCUGCUGCUUCAUGUGCUCCUGCUGCUACCUGUACCAGCGGCGGCAGCACCUGCGGACGCCCCUGCAAGACUCGGUCAUCCUCCCUACUCGUAUCCUGGCUUCGUCUCCCCCAUGUCACUUCUCCCGCCAACCCCCCAACCUGUCCCUUGUUCUGGUAUAA